CACAGUGCUGAUGUGAAUCAUGUCAGAUGCUGCGCUGCUGUAUACCCCCCCAAAUACAACUACUAAAGACACAAGAAUAAAUUAACUUCUAACCAUGUCUACAAGCGCUAAUCAUCCUGGUGUAGUGGUGUGUCUGCAACAACCAGGGAACUCCCAGCAGCUUGCUACCCAAUACCAACAACAGCCUGCCACCAUGCAACAAGUGGUCCAACCUCAGCAAGCUCCUAUAAUGCAAGCAGCCCCAAUAAAGAAUGUGAACCAAGUGACCCCACAACAAGUGUAUGCUCCACAGUAUCAGCCUCUGCAGUUUCAUGGUCAGGCUCCCCAGUAUCAGCCUCUGCAGUUUCAUGGCCAGGCUCCACAGUAUCAGCCUCUGCAGUUGCAUGGUCAGGCUCCCCAGUAUCAUGGAAAUCAGGUGUCUUAUUCUGCACAGCAAGGAGGCGUUGUACAGAUAGCAAUGAGUCCUGGUCGCAUAUAUCAACCCGCAGAUUUCAACUACAAACCAAACAACUACCUUGCUCUGACAGUUACCUUGGCAAUUAUCUGUGGUAUCUUCUCUGUUGGGAGUCUCUUCUGUACAGUUCCAGCUAUCAUAUUGUCUGUGAAGAGCAAAGGGGCGACUGCUGCAGGCAAGAUCAAGGAGGGCCGCAGACUGGGAGUGUGUGCAGUCUACCUGGUUAUUGGAGCCAUAGUGUUUGCUCUCAUGAUUGCCAUUAUCCUCACUGGGGCUAUGAUUCCGGUACUCAAGAGCUGCCCCUAUUAUGGAGGAUACUCUUGCAGAUACUAUAGGUAUGGUUAUGGACGCUAAGAUAAGAGCAAGAAAUCAAUGAAAGCUGAUGAAACAGAAUUAUAGUUACUUAUGCAUGUGUUGUAUAUAUAAUUAUACAAGCAAAACGAACCUAGCUAGAUAGAUAGAUACAUGUAGGCAGAAUAAUGUUACAUUUCCUAGAAUUAUUGUUUUUUUUAAUGAAUGGAACACACUUAACUGUAAACAUGUUAUACAAACAUCA